AUGACGGGUCCAAGGAUUGCUUGUAUCUGUGUGAUUGGGAAGGCUGAUAACCCUCUCCACAUCUCAUUAUUCCCGCCAUACCGGAGUUCGACAGUUGACUUCUCAUUCCUAUUGAACUCAUGUCUUGAUGUUUUCGAGUUGAGACAAAAGCAGACUUCCGUCGGCCAGGAUUUGGGUCUGUUACAUGCACUCGAUGAGCGACUGGCGGCAUAUGGAUGGUUGACAACCACUGGUGUGAAGUUCUUGAUUCUAGUGGAUCUAAUCGGGCAAUCAACGAAUGUUGAGGGCGAAAAGGUGAUCGUUGCAAUGGACGCCUUGAGGGAAUCGGAUUUGAGACCGGCAUGUUCUUCCCUUUUCGCUUUUCGGGCAAUGCAGAAUGCGUAUAUUCAACUUCUACAAAACCCAUUCUACUCUCCAGAUGAUCACACGCCUAUGAAUGAAAUCUUGACGCCUACGUCUAAUCCUUUACAAAUUUCAAAUGAGAAAUUCAUCGCGGAAAUAGAACGCAUUGGUGAUUCCUGGGCCCUGGGCAUGAUUGCAGUUUGA